CGCGCCCCCGUGCCCGGCCACCGGGAGCCGAGUCCGCUCGGGGCGGGGCCGGCGCGGCGCCGGGAGCCCGACUACAAGUCCCAGGGAGCCGGCCGGGGAGGGACGCGAGCGGGCAAGGCGAGACCGUUUCCUGGCCGGGGCGCCGGUGCCCCUGCCCUGCUCUGGCCGAACGAGCAAAAAGGCCUGCCGUCCAUGCCGGAUCCCUGGAGCAAACCGAGUGGCCUGGGCGUCCCUGGUCCCUGUUGUUUAUUCCGCGAGCAGGAAAUUCCUCCCCGCCCGCCCCUCCCUCCUCCUGCUGUAACAUGCCUUAGUGAGCCCGCGCCCUCCCUGCCCAGGGUGCUAGAGUUCGCGGUCAGCCGCCAUGGGGAAUGGGAUGAACAAGAUCCUGCCUGGCCUGUACAUCGGCAACUUCAAAGAUGCCAGAGAUGCAGAACAAUUGAGCAAGAACAAGGUGACACAUAUUCUGUCUGUCCACGAUAGUGCCAGGCCUAUGUUGGAGGGGGUUAAAUACCUGUGCAUUCCAGCAGCGGAUUCACCAUCUCAAAACCUAUGCAGCUCUCGCCGACCAGAAGGAGACCCACAAAGGACAGGCAAGAGCAUGGGCUGCAGGACAAGACAUUUCAAAGAGAGCAUUAAAUUCAUUCAUGAGUGCCGGCUCAGGGGUGAGGGCUGUCUUGUACACUGCCUGGCCGGCGUCUCCAGGAGCGUGACUCUGGUGAUUGCCUACAUCAUGACCGUCACCGACUUUGGCUGGGAAGACGCCCUGCACACGGUGCGUGCAGGGAGGUCCUGUGCCAACCCCAACCUGGGCUUCCAGAGACAGCUCCAGGACUUUGAGAAGCAUGAAGUGCACCAGUACCGGCAGUGGCUGAAGGAAGAAUAUGGAGAGAGCCCUUUGCGGGAUGCAGAAGAAGCCAGAAACAUCCUGGAUCUGUUCCAGCCUGGAACUCACAAUCAUGCCUACAAUGGAGGAGUUAACUGGCCACCUGCGCUUACCUCCACUCCAUUCAGUUCUUUGUUCCUUCCUUUGACAAAUGCAUGUUCAUCAGAGCAGGCGCCUUGGGACUCAGGCAGGAUGCACAGACAUAUUCCUGAUGCCCGGAAAGACUGUCAUUUGGUGGGUUGGCAGUUAGGAAAAUUGGCAGUUACCGAGCAGGUCAUAAGGACUACCAUAGGUGCUCUCCGUACUGUGUGGGAAGGAAAUAGGGACACACCAUUCCAGUUUUGGGAUGAGGAAUGUGGUGUUCAGGGAAGGCAUCUCAGAAAAAGUAACAGCUAUGGGAGAACUGAAGCGUAAGUGCUAGAAUUAGCUGGGCACAGAGGGAGGAUGGGGUCCAGCAGAGGCCCAGCACGUGUGUGGUGGCACCAGAGAGCAGAGCGUGCUGGGGCAAUCCAAAGUCACUUUUAUGACCAGAGCGAGCACUAGGGGUGGGCGACACUGUGAGUGGUGCGGACACAAGCUGAGGCCUGUUGGCCAGGCUGUUAUCAUGGCAGCCUGUCACUGUGUGCCCAGUACCUGCUGUACAGUAACUGGUUACUUCUCACACCAGCCCUUGGAGCAACCAAGCUCAGAGAUCAGGGGCCCUGCCAGUUUCCCACAGGUCUGAUUCCCAGCUUGGAGCCUUAUAAGCAGUGUGAACGCCUUCUGAGGACAUGGAGUCAGAGGUGGGGGGCUUGCUGAGCGAGCUGGGCCAGCAGGCACCAGGAUCUGCAUGGGUGGAGAAGGGGUUGUUACGGCUGUCCAGGUGAUAGAGAGCAGGCCGUGGUGUGGGGGUGCAGAGGGGCUGAGGAGGCUGGUGGACUUGAGGGAGGCUGGGGAGGGAGAAGCAAGCGCUCUCGGUGCCGGGUGGAACGUGGAGCACUAAGGGCUUGGUGGCCAUGCCACACUCUGAAUCUUGCUUCCAACACAGUGGUCCUUUGUGUCAGCAUCUUCCUGCGCCAUGACGGUGUGUGGGCUCUGCAGUGUCAAGGUUAGAUUUCAGGGGGCGCUAGACCCUGGGCCUCCAAGAGGUUUGUCCCUGGGUGUGACCCAGCUUUGCCGAUUAGGUGCUCAAGUGUGCCCCUGCACCCAGAACGGACUCCCAGGAACCAGACUUGCAACAAGGUAGAAUUCGGAUGUCCAAUUUCUUCAUUUAUUGUGAAAGAUAAAACAUUAGCUUUAUGAAGACUAAUUUUAUUCCCUAGCCAGGCUAUCUCUCUUUCAUUAUCAAGAUUUUUGGAAAUCAAUACAUUGUACACCCUAAACUUACACAAUGUUGUAUGUCAAUUGUAUCUCAAUAAAGCUGAAAAAAAUGGAGUAAAACAUCUUUUAAAUCAUUAAAAAAAAUGAAGAUUUUUGGGAAGCCAGAUUAGUCACUGGGCAUUGUGCUGUGAGCGUGGACAUGAAGCUGAGAGCCUGGGGGCGGGGGGAGGGGUGCCCUGGUCUGGCGUGUCCACAGUUGGAGUGCUGUCGUGGCCAUAGCACACCUGAGCAGUGUGUCAGCCAGCCUGCAGUCUCCUCUGUUGAGCGAGGCUCCUGCUGGCCCCCUGGAGCCCUUUCCUGGGUUCUGGGCAGACCACCCUAUUUAUCUAUCUCUCUGCCCAAGGUAAUUCUUUGAGUGAAAUGCUGUUUUUCUGAGCACCUUCUUUAACCUUGGGUGUCAUCAUGUGUCCUCAACAGCAUUUAUGCUUUUCCCUGAGGAUGGGUUCCUACUAGUAGCUUUUUUUUUUAUUUGUUGGGUGCUGGUUCUUUCUAGUUUUCUGUUUCAAGAGGGAACCCUACUUCCAGCUUCUGGGCCUGUUUCAAGUUAUAAAGACAACCUAUAAAUUUGGUGAUUGGGGUGUGUAUGUGUGCGCCCGUGCCCGCACACACACAGCUGUGUUUUAUUGUUUUCUAAUUUUAGUUUAGAGAAAUCCUUAGCCUUCAGGGGAAUCACGUGUGCAGUGUCAAGGGGCGUGUGGAGCUCAGGUACCUGGGCGUCCGGGGAAACAUCAGAAACUGUGUUGCACCAUCAGAGCUGGUCACGAAGGGCCGCUCUGCACACCAGCGUCAAGUCAUAAAAAUAGGGAACACACUAAAAACCAGACCCUGUGAUCCCACAGCAGAUGACUCCUCCCAUCCUGACCUUGAGUUAUUAAUAAUUUUAUUAAGAAUGUGCUUUCAACACGUCUGUAUUUAUAUAUGUACUUAACAAGAAAUCACCACGACUUCAAGAGGGAAGUUCCUCUUCCCUUUCCUUUUUAUUGCCCGGAGAAAGGGAGAAACUGAGAAAAAAAAACCUACCUUUGACUUGUCUCUGGAGGCUGCAGCAUGUCCCUUGUUCCCUUCUUAGGAUUUAAUGGGGUCUCCUUAGGCCUCGGGCGUGUCAGGCCUGGGUGACACACGGGCUGUGUUGCAUCAUGCAGAGAGAUCUUGACGCUCGGCUCUCUGGUUUUCCUGCCCCCGUGGAGGUUUUGAGCCGUGUGACUGCAGUACUGGGACGCGACUAUCUCAGCUAGUAUCACAGUGAGCCUGCUGGGUGUGGCUUAGGACACGUCUGACCGAAGGCUGCGGGUGCUGGCUCCGCGCCUCUUUCCAUCGGGGGAAAUUGUUGCCAGGACCUCGUUGAACAUCUGCGAGUCUGGGUUUUUUUUGGCUGUAGGUCUCUAUACAAAGUGCGAUCAUAAAGAGUCAGAAGUUCACAGUUAAUUUUCCUGAAGCUUCUCGUUGAGUUGGUAGCGCCCGGUGUCAACAGAGCUUUGUUAGCAGGUGCCCGAGAGCGUGGAGUCGGCGUUCGGAGUGUGGUGCUGACCGUUUGUUUGGAGGUCGGUUCAGUAGGAGAGACUUUGAAUGGGGUCAAAUGUAUAUCUGAGUACAUCCUUUACACACAGGCCUGUUUAAGAAAACUAGACAGGAGUGGGAGGAAAACAACUGAUUUUGGGGGAGUUAACAAUUCCUUCUAGGAAUAAUGUUCUUUGGUUCAGUUUUGGAAACAGUGCUGAUCACACCAUUUGCCCAUCUGCCCCUCUUAGCCCCAGGAGGCCAGCUUGGCUCACAGUGGCCUUUCCACCAACUGCUCAGUCCUCCAGGACACACGUGAGUGACAAGCGACCUAUGCAAAUAGAAUACGCCUUUGACAUGGUGUUGGUCCCUCUCCCCUCAAAGCCAGCCUGCCCUCAGCUUCACGCGCCCACCCCCCAAAGGGGCCAAACCAGUGCAGACGGGAAGCGUCCUUUUGGGUGAGCAGGCUCGCCUUUUGUUGGUUGGCUCUGGGUUUCCCCGAGACACUGAUGGGGAGCCUUUUUGGAAAAUAAAAAUCCAAAGCCUUCUCCAUGUGCAAGAGAAAUGUCACCUUCUGCUUUGCAAAGGGUGUGCCCUUCACAGCGAGAGGCCCAAGUGGCAGAGAGCUUCCUCAGAAUGGGAGUCCCUAGAGAGGCUUGUCAUGUGCUAGGAGUCAGAUGUCCAGAUUCUCCAUAUUGAUGUGGUGACAGAGGGAAAGGCCAGGAGGUGUGAGAGGAGAGGACCGUUUCUUGACACUUUGCAGAGGCCUGCCUUGAAUAUCCAGAAAUCAGGUGCGUCCCAGAGGUGUACUGCAGAGCGGUGCAGAAACCCAUUUCCUGCCCUGUUAUUCCCUAUCCCACAGCAGACAGGCCUGCUCUCUGCUCUGCCAGAGCUGCUGCCCGUUGUCUUCCACCUGCCGGGAGCACAGGGGGCAGGUCCUGACAGAGCAGGUAGGGGCAGAGGUGGUUCUUAGCGGGUGGGAGGCCGAGGUCCUGGACCGGUGACGAGGCAGCCAUGGGAGACACAGACAGGAAGGCCUGGCUGAGGUCCGUUUUGAUCCUGGUUCUCUGGAAUACCUUGGGGAAGUCCCAGAGGAGGCAACCCACUCAUGGGAGGAACUUCUUCUCAGGACUAGCAUGAAAGAAACCCCCUGGAAGGAACUAGCAGUGAUGGAUGGCACCCUGUCUAGUGGCCCAGUGAUGUGGCCAGAGGCAGCCUCGCAGCCUUCCUGGGUGUGUUUUAUGUGUCGAGGAAGGCCCCUUCCAAUCCUAAAGACCUCGCAUCUAGAAGGCAAGAUGGUCAGCCCUUCAUGGAGACUUUUUCUUAAAAUCAUGUCCUCACAACAAUCUUGUGGGAUAGUUUGUACUAUUGUCCUCAUUUUUCAGAUGAGGAAACCAAGUUCUAGAGAACUUGAGCAUUGUCCAGCCUCAGGGCCAGAAAGUGUCCAAGUAGGGAGUGGAAUCCAAGCAGUCUGACUCAGGUGUGCCCAAAAGUCACCACUCCUUUCAAAAUGCCAGUUCCACUGGGAGGGCCGAGCUAAUGAAAUGGUAGCAGCCAUGCAUGUGCAUUCAGGUUCUCUGAAGGUGGGUUCACGUUAGAUUAGAGGCCUUGUGGGGAGUUUCAGCUGGAAGACAGAUAGUGACAAGGAAAGUCCGUGCCUUCUUUCCACCAAAACGUGCCCACUGUGUGUGCACUGUGGCCACCAUGCCUACCUCCAACUGGGCAUUUCUGAUUCAGCCUAGAGUAGCAGGCAGAGUACCAGGACAUCCCGGGACCCCAGAAGGCCCUUUGCAGGAAUAAAGAAUCGCCCCCUCCAUGGCUGUGGGGGUGCUGAGUGCCCGGCACCCUAAUCCUGUGAUGUUCUGUCCUUGGCGAGCCACCAUUAAACAAAUUGAGGAGCUCUGGUGAGGUUUCUGCAAGAAGCACAAGGAUUUGUUGUUAUUCAACCUAAAUAAGUCAAAUGGAGACACUCAUCAAGGAGAGAGGCGAGGGAAGCGACAGUGGAUGUUGCUGCAGUCAGAGACUGGCAGGACCUUCUUCCACCCCUGGGGCUGAGGGGCAGGGCCGAGAGAUGGGGUUACGAGAGCCCAGGAAGAGCUGGUAGGUGCAGUGGCGCACAGCAGGACCAGAGCAGGGCGGGUCUGUAAGAAGUGUGGAGAGGCCAGGAGGGAGCAGGGUGGAAGUUCCCCAUCCAGUGUCCUCCUGUUCUGUCUCCUCGAACCCAAUGGGAAGCUGGCCAGCAGAGGAUUCUACGUGCUGUGGCCAUGGGGGAGAGAGCAGGGUGAUUGCCUUACAAUAGGCAGCCCUGGCCAGCAGCCAUGGGUGGGGCAGAGACGCAGUGAUGGAGGAAGUGCCACCAGCUUCCAAGAAGUAUCUGAGUGUUAACAAGCUGAUACUAAAAGUGGCUCUGAGUGGGGAGCCUGGGUGCUCCUACACGCUUUGCCCCAGAAGUAUCUGGACCUUGGCCUAUGACUCACUUGCUUUCAUCUUUAGAAAGCAUUCUAGAAGUAUCCAUGCCUGCUGAUGUGCCCCCACUGAUCUGUGCUUUCCCGUGGCCUAUCUGGAGAAAUGACACCCUCCAAGGAAAGGCCAUCGGGGUCAGAUAGCAUCUGAGCGUCUGCUAUGAACUGUGCCCCCAUGACAAGAUCCCCGCCCAUAAACAGCAGGAGAGGAUAGUCUGCAAGGCCUCAGUCACGUCACAGUGCCCACGGCCGGCCAUGAGAGCCACUGCGUGAGACGUGGUAAUGUUAGCACCAUGCAGACCGCCGGGGGGAAAGGAAGAAUCAGGCAUGGCAGGCCUGUCUUCAAAGACUGUUUAGUUAAGUUGAGUGAAGAAGGCAGUUACUCGGGAUGUUUUGAGAGCAAAUGGUGAGCAUAGAAGCACAAAUGCAGGCCAAGAGGACCACAGAUGCUUGAUGGAGAGUGCCCUGGCUGGGGAUAGAAAACUUGGAAAAAGAGUGAGGGGCAUUCUGGGCAGGUAAAGGCACAGGUGAGUAGGAACAUGGUAGACUUGGAAGCCACACGUGGACCUGUGACAGGGAAGGUGACCACGAGAGGGACUAGAGGUGCAGGAGCUGGCUUCCAGUGCCCAGGAAUGUCCCGGCCCUGUAAGCAGUAGGCAGCCAUGGGGGCCUGGGGUUUGCUUUGGGCCUGUGCGGUGUGGACCGGAGGCAGGAAGAUAGAGCAGCUAGGAGGGGCUGGAGCCGUGGCCUGGACUGGCUGUCCAUGAGACCUCUCCAAAGACCAAUGUACCAGGCGAGGUGACAAGAUACUUAGAUAAUCGCCAGUUUGAAGUAGUGGCAGACGGUGCUGGUUUGAGUUCUCCAGAAGCAGAAACAGAGUUGGGGUGCCAACAGUGGUUGGUGAGCAGCGCCUGCAACAGGAGGGGAGGGGGCUGAAGGGGCAGGGGGCUAUCAGGAGCAGGGCAGUCCCACAUCCUCUCAGUCAGAGGAGCCUGGGGCGGGCGUGGCUGGUCCCCCAGAUGAGUGGCUCCGGCUGCCGAGCCAUGGGGCCCUGAGACCAGAGCUCGGGGGCUCACGCCGCUCGCUCGCAGGGAGGGACAGCCUGGCUCCUUUCCGGGGACCCCCAGUGCUGUAAGGCGACCUUGCAGGGCUACUUCUCCACAGAGUGCUCACGGCAGGGCUGCCCUCGCGCUGUGCCCCAGCUCCCUGCUCGGAGCAGAGCUGGGCGCGUGGAGAGGGUGUGGGCGCAGCACCAGGAGCUGGGGAUUGCUUCUGUCCCUCCCACAGCAGCUGCAGCCUCCGUGGCCACCAGGGCUGCAGCAGAGCCCCUCGCUCCCAGGGCAGGAGGUGUGCAACACACUGGCUGUGGAGCACUGAGUAAAAACAAUUUUUAGUGGUAAACAGCUAGAAGUUGGUCUGGUUUUUUCUUACUACCAAGAGCCAGCAAUCCUAAACCUUUCCAGUGAUAACAUAUGCCUCCCCCAGAAAAUCCUUUUGUUGAUCUAAGUUCUAGCUGUAAGCGAUGGCUGCAUCUACUGUAGAGCUGUGAGAAUAUACAUGUAAACUUCACAUGUGCAUGUUGUUGCUGCCUGUCCUCAGUAAGUGUUUUCUGUACGGAGGCGAAUGGAGAACUCCCAGUUAACAGGCAGGACUGGCACAGAGAGAAUCAGCUCAUCUGUUUUCCUUCUUCAGUAAAUUCAAAAUGAUCUGGAAUCUGAGCUCCAUGGGGACAGUUUGGUGUCCAACCCCUGUGACAUGACGUUUCUGCACUUGCAGAGUAGAUUUGAAAUAACCGAGGAGAGGUGACAGAGUCGGUUACUUCAAUCUGGCCUUCCAGGGGACCACUUGAAUGUUCUUGUCUUUAAAAUUUUGUGACAGCAGAGAUAUUUGAAAGAUAAUUGAUCCCAAAGAAACGUAGACAUGCUAUUCAUGGAAUUUGAUGUGAAAUGCGAUUUUUGUGAAUUUCUCCCAGUCUUACCAUUUUGUGUAACACUUUUCCUUUUUGUCUAUCUGUUGCUUAAUGUGAAAGAAAAUUUUUCAAAAUUAAAAUAAAGCAAAAAUGUUCUGUGAUCAAUGAUAGGUGAAGAUAGAUCGACAAAUCUGACAUAAAGAGAAGUUCAGUUUUGACAAAUCAUUGAUAAAUUUGCAGAAGUUAAGGCUCAAAAACAAAUUGUAAUUAUUCAUCAGUGUGACAGACUGACAUAUAGGUAUAUGUAUUAUUCCCCAUUUUUCAAAAUAUAUAUUAUUGUAAUUAAAAAGUAUUACUACAUGACUUUUUCCUUGUUUUUACUGUGAUAUUUAUUUUAUUUUUUUCUAUUUA